AUGGAGGGGCCGGGGGCGCGGCCCGCAGACGCGGCGGCGCGCUCCGAGGCUGGGCUCUGCAGCGAGGCCGAGGCCAGCUCCCCCGGCCCCGCCGAGGAGCAGAGGCCGGCCGCGGCCGGCGCGCCGGAGGUGGCCCUGGCCCCCAGCAGCUACAGCAAUGCCGCUGGAUCGCUAGUGGUGAGCCUCGGCGGCGUGAGCCCAGCGGGAGACAGCCUGACCAUUGUGAGCGCCAGCGGCCUGAGGGCGGCGAACUCCGCCCUGCUCGGCGGCAAGUCGGACCCCUGGUGCCGCUGCUUGCUCGGAGGCGCCGAGGUCGCCCGCACACACAAGAUCUCGAGCACCCUGAAUCCGCGCUGGGACGCCAGCAGCGCCCUCCCCGGCGACGCCCUUGGCGGGCUGCUCGAGUUCGAGGUCCGCGACUGGGACCAGUUCGGCAAGGGUGACCAACUGGGGACGGCCAGCCUCAGGCUGGCCUGCGAGCGCGGCAGGAGCGGCGUGGCCUGCGACCGCGAGCUGCCGCUCGUCGGCAGGCAGGCGAAGGGCUCCCUGCGGGUGCGGCUGGUGGGCGCGAGGCCGGCCGACGCGCGCGCGCACGAGGAGGCCCUGCCCAGCGUGACGAUCGUACGCGCGGCGGGCCUUCGCCGGGCGGACGGGCCCCUGCCCCGGUCCGUCGGCGGCGGCUUGUCCGAUCCGUUCUGCAAGUGCAGGGUGACCCGCGGGCGCGGCGACUCCCAAGAGGUGGGCAAGACAGGGAAACUGGACAGGGCGCAGGCCGCCGAGGCGGAGAAAUUGGGCAAAACGAAGGUGAUCAAGAGGACCCUGGACCCCGUCUGGGGCCAGGCCUUGUCCCUGCCAGUCGACGCCCGCGGCUGCGAGCUCGAGUUCGGCCUCUGGGACCACGACCGGAUGUCGGCCGCGGACUUCCUCGGGGAGGCGAGGCUGCCACUCGGCAGCCUCGCUGGCCCCAUCGGCGCCGUAGAGGAGGUUGAGCUCAAGCUGGACGGGGACAAGGCGCGGGGCACCCUGACCGUGCGGCUCGAGGGGGCGGUGACGGUGGAGCGGGAGCGGCGGAUCCUCGGGAGCGUUGAGACGAUCGCGCGCUGGGCCCGCGGCCUGAAGGCCAGGAGAGCCGCCGCGACGCUGAGAUCUUGGUGGGCCAAGUGCGUGAGGCACCAGGUCGUGGACGCGCGGCCCAGGGUAAUCUUCCUCCAAGCGCCCUCCGCACGGGCCUGGCGGUGCAGAGCCUCCAAGCGAGGCGCGCGACCAGGCAGUUCGAGCAGAGGAUGCUCGCCUGCGCCCACCCUGGCGGGGCCGCGCACGGGGCGCCCGGCGCGUCCCUCCUGA